CGCGUCGGAAACGUUCGAUUCGCUGAUGGUGUUAUCCUUCUACGAGACGGACUCGAUCUAAUCAAAAAUCCGCGCUUCAGACGCGAGGCUCAACAAUUCCUAAAAGGUCAGAAGAGAAACAGUAAAGUCAAGAGGGGGAUCGCGAACGAAGUUCAGCUAGCAUCGGAGAUCAUAGGAAAGAGCUUGGGACGACUUCCUUUCGUCACUGCGAAUGGUCAUCUCGGCCUGAGUUCUGAACGUAUAAUGCAGGGUGAUAAGAUUGCGAUUAUUGCAGGAAGCCAGGUUCCGUUUGUACUUAGACCGCGGGACAAGGACCAAUUCAGCGUGGUCAGCGAAGCCUAUGUGGACGGCAUCAUGGAUGGUGAG